AUGCCAAAGCGCACACGCACGCAUGCAACCAUAACGAGCAUAAUCCUACUUCUACUUCACGUCCUUCCACAAAAUGCGGGUAUAAGAAUUAAGAGACUGGGUGAUGCAUUUAAUUUUAUCGAACCAGCCAUCUGGAAAAGCACCUCCAAAUAUGAAAUAAAUCCCAACCUGCACUUUGUGCGGAGAAUAGAGAAAGGGAAUCGCCUCAAAAUAAGGAGCUCCCCACAUGGGGAACACGCGCAAAGUAGUAACUCUACAGCCAUUGGUGAAGAAAAUGUUGUGCAUGAGAAGCAGGGCAGGAGGAAUGAUGACAUGGACAAUGAUGUGUCCAGCUGCCAACAGGGGGAACCCUCCCCAAAGGGAAACGCCAUCGUGGAAAGGAAAGGAACCAGACAGGAGUACCUAAAUGGGGAAAUAUUAAACGAAGAAGAAAUAAAUGAAAACAUGAGGUUUCAACAGUGGAGUGACCGACUGCAAUUUUCGGAAGAAAACUCCUUCUACUACGAUGUAGGACACGAGUGCGUGAGUACAAAGAAGUAUUAUAAGAUAUAUCAGGUGAAUUCUAACUUUUACAAAAGGGAGUUCACGUUGACUGACAAAUCUGCCAUAACCUUGGUCCCAUUUUUGAACAAAAAGGAGAGCGAAGAAGCGUGUCAGUCUCUGACGAAAAAUUUUAGCGGAAAAAUGACGUAUGAAAUGUUCGUGGGGGGAAAGGGGCAAGCGUCAAGUGAAGCGGCAAGCAGCUGUGACGAGAAGAGUGACGGCUCGACUUCCCAAAAUAGCGUAACGCAUAAUAGCGCAGCGUAUAAUAGCGAAGCCGCUGGCGGAUCCCCCUAUGAAGAAUCAAUACUGAGCGAACAGCAAGUGGGGCAGCUGUCUGACAUCAAUUUCGCGCUGCGGGCGAACAUGCUGUUCCCGACAGAGUCGCUGCGCACCUCCAUAUACAUCGGGAAGGAGGCCUUUAACGACUUCCUCGAAAAGGGAAUGGACUCCUGCAAGCUGGCGAUGAACAAGCAUUUGCAUCACUACUAUAGACACAACCUGAAAAGUAAUUUGGACGACAAAAUUUUCCUCAUGUACAUCCUGAGGUAUAUCAAAAAUUACAUUUUAAAAAUAGUAUACAAAACAUUCCAAGUCAAACUAUCCAACGAAAUGGAGAUCGAGAAUGACUCCAAUGUACAGCCAAGUGGAAGCAACAAAAUGGUUAGUAGCGAAACUUACAUAGAGCUAGCAUCAGAAUUUGAAGAAAUCAUAAAUAUAUUAACACACUUCAUAGAAAAAAUGAAAGAACAAUUCAAAAUUAGAGAACAAGAGUUGGAAGAUUAUUUGUCCAAGAAAAAGGAAAUUAUAAAUUAUUCAACUCCUUAUGUUUUACAAAAUAAUGAAGAAGCAGAAAGACAUAUUAUGAACAUUUGGAAUUAUUUUAAUUUUAAAAUUUUCAACAAUGAAUUGCCAAAUUUUGACUCGAUAAAUUUCUUUUGGAUAACGGACAAAGUUGAGAAACUGAAGAAAAUGCCAAAUAUGAAAAUGUACAAAAUUGGGAAUAAAAACUUUUUAAACUUACCCAAUGUUAUGUUCCACGCUGCUUUGAAAACGUCUCCUCUAUUAUUAAAUUACACCAUCUUAAAGGCUAUGUAUGAAUACCAGAAAUUAUUGUGUGUGGAUAUUUUACCUUUCAAGGAAGUAAAGAAUUAUAAUAUGUCCAAAAAAAUCGAUGAAAAGAAACAGAAAAUUAUCAAGUUCAUUCAUGGCAUUGGUGGCUUGCUGGAGAAUAUCGACUUCCAUUUUUAUGCUCCCUAUUUGGGCGACCUCAAUUUGGACAACGAGGAGGCAGCCAAGUUCUACUCCUAUGUUAAGGAUAUCAAUGGGGAUGACAAGAAGAUGUUCCGUCCUUUGGAAUACAACAAGGAACUUUCCCUCUGCCCGGGGGCGCCCAGCAUGGAGGACGCCAAUGUGAUCGGCAAUGUCAGCGGAAACGAUAACGGUAGCAUCGACCGGGGAGUGGCCAACCUGGAGGACUUCCCCCUGGACGAUGACGAGCCCGACCAGGACGACCUCACAAUGCUGCUCCUCAAAUCGAAUGCCGUGAACGACAUCAACCGAGCCAUCCAGUUGGCCACCAACGUGUACAGGAAGAAAAACGUCGGUCACCUGUGGGGUUCCCCCGCGGAUAUCACGAGCCCGGAAGCAAGCGAAGCAGAAGGCAGGACCGCGCUAAGAGUCAAAGCAGACCCUGGUAAAACCAACCCAGGGGGCACUUACCAAUUGAAGGAGAACAACCCAGCACUGCAGCGCUUCAGAAUACCGCUGAACGAAUUUGCGUCUUCCCUUUUCCUGUGCGAUGUGAACAACUCCACCAAGCUUCUAACUCAAGGGAUCGAAAAGCUAAAGCAACUAAACGAGUUCGACUUAACCUACGUACAUAACGCCCUGACGUAUGCGUGCAUGCGGUUUUUACACGAAAGUGGUAACGAAAAUGAAGAUGUAGAGGGCCUUUUAAAAAAGUAUGAAAAAAACGAAAAGGUAGAAGCGACCAACAAUAUUAUGACACUGCAAAUGAUGGUGGUCCUAGGGGAACUGUUUCGAAACAUCAGGAAGACGAGGACCAACCAGAAGUACUUUUUUAAAAGAAUCCUACAAACAGACGUCAUUACAGAUAUAUACAAGGAUGACAGUGUCUACGAUGAACAUAUGAACAUUAACAAAAUGGAUUAUGUGAUGAAUAAUUUAAAAAUUGCUUACCCCAUGAAAAAUAACAUUAUGUUGACGCGAAAAAAUAGAGAAGAGAUUGCUUAUUACUUUUUGAAUUACUACACAAAGUACCUUUUCCGUUUUGACUUGCCAAACAAUGUCGUUAUAAAAUUUACGGACAAAAUAUCUGGGCUAAGUUUUUACGAUUAUAAUUUUGAUUACGUAUCGAAUGAUGUGAUCAUUUAUGUGCACAACGAUGUUAGUAACUCGUUCGUACUAUCUAGGGUCAUCCUCGACGAGUGCCUCAACGUGUAUGAGAAGUACACCACCUACGUGCACAAGUAUGGCGGAAACACGGACAACUCGACAGUCAAGGAGGCCAAGAGCAAGCUGAAGAAGGAAGGCAGUCCGGACGAUGAGUCAACUACGCAGGGACACAACACUGAAAGGACAAAUGAGCAGUCUGGAAAGAAACACACAAGCGAUGACACCAAAGUGGAGGAGGAAAUUCUGGAAGAUGAAGACCCAGACGAGGAAGAGUUGAAGCACCUGGAUGCGGAAGAGGAGAAUAUCGAUGUAGAUAAGAUAAACUUAGACAACAUCAAAGAGGUGGAUAGCGCAGGAGAGCCGUCUAAAGAGGACCAAACAGAUGACGCACCUGUGGACGACGAACAUGUUGAUAUCUUCAACUACGUCAAAAUGAAUAGAAUAAAACAGUUCAUUCGUUUUGUGGUCGAAUACAACCAGUGGCCCUUCUUCCUAGAUGAGACGAUCAACCUGGAUUCGUACCUCAACAACGAUGAGCUCGAACUGCUGAAAAACGUAAAGCAUUAUAACAGCCUAAAUAACUUUUUCGUAAAACUGAAAGAAGCAGGUAUAGGUCAAAAAAGAAUCAUGGAAAUUAUUCAAAGUGCUAUUAAAAGGGAGGAUUGCAAAGCGAUAUGGGAGGAGAAAAAAAUACCCAUCAAACACAUCGCCUCUGCAUUAUUCACAAAUAACUACAUAAAUUUAUUUAAGGUUUUCCAGAGAGGCAUAAAGGUGUUACUAAAUAUGGACUUAAGUGAAAUUGACCUGAUUAUGAACAAAUGCAAAUAUGCAUGCGAAAUUGUCUACUAUAAAAGAUUAGAAGAACUUAAAUCGUCCAACAAUAAUCUCGUUUUUACAAUGUACAACGAAAAUGUAAGCUCGAUUGAAUAUUACUUUGACAAACUAAAGGAGAAAAUUAUUUUAAUCAGCUUGAUCAAGAAGGAAGAUAUAUUUGGUACUCUCAUCAAUUUGAUAUCUGGCAUUUUCCCCAACAAGACUAAAUCGGUGAGCGAAUUUGAAAAUGGUACCCAGGACAAGAAACCGAAGGAGAAAAUUGACGAGCUCAUUUUCCUUUACGACUCUAAGAAGAAGAAAUGUGGCUCCACAACGGAGCUAAACAGAUCGGCCGUCACGCAGAACCUCUUUAACUUUUUCAACAAAGAAGUAUUUGAAGGCAAAAUAAAGAAUGUCCAAAUCGAGUUUGUCAAAAAUGACGAAACACUCUCCACACACUUAAAUUUUGUCAACUCUUUUGAAAGUCCAAAAAUAUUAAUUAAUGAAAAUGUCUAUUCAGUCACCAUUCUGGCCAACGUGUUGCUUAAGGAAAUGGCCGAGAUUUUCUACUUCUUCAAUGAUAAUAAAAUCGAGAGGGAAAAUAAACUCUACUUGAAGAAGGAUUUCAAGAGCGCCUAUCUGCCCGUCGUUUUUAAGUAUGCCAAGUGUUUCCAGGGUGGGGAGGAUAAUAAAGCGCCCUUCGACUUUGGCGAAGAGCACACAGGGGAGAAGAACAUAGAAGGGGAACAACCAGAGAAAAAUCAAAAUCACCAAGUGGAGCCCCUUCCAACGCACUUAAUUACCCCGGGAACAACCGCUUCCCCAAUGCAGAAAGAACAACUCAUAGCCGAGAAAGACAAAAUGGAUAUAAACAACCUGAUCGACCGAAUCGCAAACUACAACCAUGAAGAAAUGUUCAAAGAAAUCCUAGAUUUUCGAAAAGAAAAAUAUAAGGACAAAGCAGAGGUGCAAAAAUGUCUGGAGGAAUACCUAUACACGUACGACAAGUUGAAUACCAUUAAAUACGGCACACCUGAGAUGAGUGAGAAAAAAGUAAAAAAUGAACAAUCGGAUGCCACCACUACGCAAAGUACGGACUCUUCAACGUCAACCAUAGACCCCGCAAUGGAAUUGUAUUUCGAACCAAACGACCUCAAAAGUAUUUACCUUAAUUAUAUGUAUAAAUACAUCGAGUACAUGAUUAAAAAAAAGGAAUUCCCCAUUGCAUUUAACGAAAUAAACGAGGAAUGGAUUAAUGCUUUAACGGAACUCGAAAAUCAAAAAAUUUUGGUGUACUCCACAAAAAAUAAUAGUGGACAUUUGUACGACCUACUCAUUAAUAGCAAAGCAUGUUCAUCAAAGAGGGCUCUGGACAUUCUGGAACAUAGCUUACAAAAAAGGAACAGCGAUGACGAACUCGUCGAGAGGACCCUAUCUCGCAGUGAAGACAAUGAUGCCAUAAGAAGUUUCGAUGAAUUCGUCCUGUGGAUAAAUAAAAAUAAAAGAAAAAAUUUUGAAAAGAUAGAUCACCGGGAAUUGCUAAAUGCUGAUUCCCCUGAACAUGCGAACGACGAUAUCAAGGACGUUAUAAAAGAGUACAAUGCUCUGUACGACGCAAAUGCUACGAGGAACCUAGACCCCAACAGUGUUACUAUUGAUAAUUUAAAAGAUUUGGUUAAGAAGCACAACAUUUCGAAGGACGAGAUAGUGUCCGCCAUGAGUCAGCUGGACAUGCCCGAAGAUUUUGACGUCGAUUCGUUGUUCAAGUGA